CGAAAGGAACGAAGCCACGCCCCUUCCCCUCCCCUUUCUCCUCCUUCCUUCCCUUCUCUCGUCUCUUAGAGCGCCGGCCGUAAAGCGCGAAGCGAAGUGUCGUAAAACGUCGCAGACUUUCUCCCCCAUUCUCGCCUUGUGGGAACGGCUUUGGGCCUGACAGGAAACCCGGCCUCGCUUUACGGCCGCUGGAUGAGGCGGAGCGGAGACGGCGAGCGGGCCAGGGCUGAGGGGACUUCGGGGACAUGGCCGAGGUACCGCCGGGGCCUAGCAGCCUCCUCGCCCCGCCAGGAGCCGCCACCAACGCCUCUCUGCUCUCCCCUUUCCCAGGAGAGGAAGAAGAGGAGGAAGAGGAGGAAGAAGGAAGAAGAGUUGGAGGAGGGAGGCCCUUGGAGGAAGAGGAGGCCGGGGAUGAAGGCUGCCUCCGCCGCCCCCACCGCCGCAACCACCAGCUCAACGGCCUCAUCCUCGCCACGGGGCCCCACUUGCGGGGCUCCCUCAAAAAGGGCCAGGCCUUGAGCCAAAACAGCAGCAGCAGCAGCAACCAGAAGCAGUGCCCUCCUCCCAGCAACACCACCUUCCCUGGCAAGGCAAUGGGACACGGGCAGGAGCCCCCUCAAGAGGAGGAGGAAGAGGAGCAGGAAGGAAGGGGCCAGGAGCAGCCUCUGCCACCUCCCUCCCUCAGCAACCACCACCGGGUCUCCCUCCAUCAGGGAAGGACUGCUCAGCCCCACCAGCACCACAUGGAGGCCCCCUCUGACCCCUCGGCCGGGGACAGGAAUGGGCUGGAUGGAGGAGCUGAGGAGGAGGAAGAAGGUGAUGAGGAGGAAGAGGAGUCUCUGAUCCUCCUCUCCAGGUCUUUGGCCUCCGCUUGCAGCUUGAAGCCCUGCGCCGCAGGUGCCCCCGUAGACUCUUCCUGGCCCCCGCGGCAGCAGCGGCGGCGGAGGCAGCAGCAGCAGCAACGCCAACGGACGGAAGAGGAGGAGUCGGAGGACCCCACGAUAGGAUACGUCCGCUACGAGUCCGAGCUGCAGAUGCCAGAUAUCAUGAGACUGAUCACCAAAGAUCUGUCCGAACCCUACUCCAUUUACACAUAUAGGUAUUUUAUCCACAACUGGCCUCAGCUUUGCUUUUUGGCAAUGGUAGGAGACGAAUGCGUAGGUGCCAUCGUCUGCAAGUUGGAUAUGCACAAAAAGAUGUUUCGCAGAGGUUAUAUAGCCAUGUUAGCAGUGGAUUCCAAAUACAGAAGAAAAGGCAUAGGUACAAAUUUGGUUAAGAAAGCUAUUUAUGCCAUGGUGGAAGGAGACUGCGAUGAGGUUGUCUUGGAAACGGAGAUCACAAACAAGUCUGCAUUGAAACUUUAUGAAAACCUUGGCUUUGUACGAGACAAGAGGCUGUUCAGAUACUAUUUAAACGGAGUUGAUGCACUGCGUCUUAAACUGUGGCUGCGUUAAUAGGAGAACCCUUCUUCCCAGCCGACAUGGCAGCGGUGUCCUUUGCAUGCAAUGCAAUUUAUGUGGAAUUGCUUUGCAAGUGGACUUAACUUCCAUGCAGCUCUUCUCUGUGAGUGUCUCAUCGACCGUCGCACCUAAAUCGUUGCACUGUGUGGCAUGGCGCAUCUUGUUCUGAAUUUAUGACAGGUUUCAGACUUCAGAUCCUCUUGGUAACCAAGAAGAUGUGCCAGUAGGUAGCCAAGAUACUAUCUUUUCAUUUGCAAGUCUACUGACUCCUGUUAUAUAAAAGGUGAACAUUUGAUCUAAGAACCUGUGUAUGUGGAACACAACUUUCUUUUGGUUCAAGAGAGAGAGAAAAGCCAAUGUAGAUUGUAAAAUUCUAUAAGUAUACUAACAUUUCAUACAAAAUUCACCAUAGUUUUUUUCUGGGGAAAAUGAAAACAGCUUCAACUUUAGGUUUUAUUUUUCAAUAUUGAACUUUCCAUUCUUAAAUAUUGGUACCUCAGUGAUUAGUGGAUGAAAAAAUGUAUUGUAGGGUGGGGUGUGUGUUACAUCGAGUAACGGUAACAAUUAAAUUGCGUCUGCCAGUGCCUGUAUAGAUACGUAUAUUUGUCUCCACCGCUAAUUUUUGAGUGCAUGCUUUUCUUUUCUUGAUUUUUUUGUCUUUGCAAGAAUGGCUUUUAUUUAAAUUCUGGAUUUGAUAAUAAUAAAUUAUUUCAUUUAUAAUUUGGAUACUUCUCCCAUGUGAGGUCUUACAAAGCCCUUCUCUUCUAGCAAGAAUUAUAAGAUAGCUUUUUUUAAAAGAAAAGAACAUGAGUAGCUGCUAAAGGGAGUCUGAUGCACUUUUUCCUUUAAAAAGAGUGAGGGAUCUUUUUUAAAACAAAACAAAAAAAACAUUAAUGUAAAUUGGAUUGAUUUUUAUUUAAUCAAAAUUAUUGCUAGAAUAGUAAAGAACCAUUAUUUGAAAGCAGUUGGAACAACCUAGUGUUAAUUUGGAUUCAUGUUGCUUUGCUUUCAUGUUCUAACAAUGCUCCAUUCAUCAGUUUUUAUCUUGAAAGCAAGUUUCCAAGUGUACCACUAAGUGCUUUCCUCCUCCUUGGUUUCUUCUAAAGUUUUACAUGAGCCAAUAUCCUUGCAGUUUUAUUUUAUUUUUUUCCUAUUUCUUUUUUGGCAGAAGAGUAUCCAAAGUCUGGAUUGAAACAUUCCCCCUUUUAAAAACAGGCUAUAUGGGCUUAUUAAAACCAACAUCCUUCUUCAGCAGUUACACAGUGUGUACUUCUGUCUGUCAGUGCAAUAUGUAAAGCAAAUCACUUCUUUUUUGGCAGUUCAGCAAUGACAGCAUUGGUAUAUAAUAAUAAUAUAUAUAUAUAUAUAUGAGCAAAGCAUAAAAGUGACCCUAGAUGGCUCAUGGAAAAAAUGCUUCCUUCUAUUGAGAGAAAAAUCUUCAGAAUUCAACUUUGCCUUACUAUGUUGUGUGUUAAGAAUUCAAUCUAUCAUUUUGUAAAAUGGUUUGAGUCACUCUACAUUUGAGAAGACCUGACCUCCAGUCACCCUUUGGAGAAAAAGACCCAUUCUAGACAGCUUAGUAAGUUUAAAGGAAGGCCAUCCUUAUUUUGCACAGACUGACCAUCUCCCCCACUAUGUAUAAGUUGUGAAUUGUAUUUGGGACAAAUAAAGGAUUUUAAUUUAAAACUGGCA